UCUGUUUAUCUGUGCCACUUUACGUAUUGCUUGUCAUUGCUUGUUUCCUCUUACUCCUGUUGCACUUGUUAUAUAAGUCAUCGAAAGUUUACAUUUAUUUCAUUCGCUGGAUUAAGGUAUCGAUUUUAAUCUGUGUUUCCUUAAACUUCAUCUCGUUUUCUAUCUACGGAGAUUCAACGAGAAAUUGAAUGUUAGCGAGAGUUUGUUUGCUGACAACAGCGAAGAAGAGUGCUUCAUUUAAUACAGUAAGAAAUAUCAGAGGCAUUGCUGAGAUGUCCAAGUUUGAUCUUCCCGAUCGUCUAAAGGGCAAUGAGAAAUCAGUCUGGGUGGAAUACAUCCAGCUCGCUAUGCAGUAUAAGCCAAAGAUCAAUUUGGGCCAAGGAUUUCCUGAUGAUCAUGCACCAGAAAAUGUAACCAAUGCUUUGGCUGCUAUUGCCAAAAGUGAUAAUCCACUUUUGCAACAAUAUACUAGAGGUUUUGGUCAUCCAAGAUUAGUAAAUGCAAUAGCCAAACUCUACUCCCAGCUUAUUAAUCGUGACUUAAAUCCAAACAAUGAAGUGUUAGUAACUUUUGGUGCUUACGAAGCAUUGUAUGCCACUUUACAAGGUCACACCAAUCCUGGAGAUGAAUGGAUCAUUAUUGAACCGUUCUUUGACUGUUACGUACCUAUGGUGCAGAGUGCUGGAGGUGUUGUCAAAUACAUAGCACUAAAACCGAAAGUUACAUCAGGUACGGUCACUUCUGGUGAUUGGGUUUUUGAUAAAAAAGAGUUGGAAAGUUUUUUCAAUGACAAAACUAAAGGCAUCAUUAUCAACACUCCACAUAAUCCAACAGGAAAAGUGUUUACAUUGGACGAAUUACAGUUUAUUGCCAAUCUGGCGAAAAAAUGGAAUACUCUUGUGGUUUCUGAUGAAGUUUACGAACAUAUAGUUUAUGAACCAUAUAAGCACAUAAGAAUUGCAACAUUGCCCGAUAUGUAUGAACGCACAAUUACAAUCGGAUCGGCGGGCAAAACAUUCAGCGUUACAGGGUGGAAAAUAGGUUGGGCUUAUGGACCAAAGAAUUUAUUGUAUAAUCUACAAGUGAUACAUCAAAACUCUGUGUACACCUGUAGUACACCGAUUCAGGAAGCGGUGGCUAUUGGAUUUGAAUUGGAAAUGGAACGCUUUACCCAACCGGAUUGCUACUUCCGUAGUCUAGCAAAGGAACUGUUACCGAAACGUGAUUACAUGGCGAAAUUUCUUCAGGAAAUUGGCAUGGUGCCGACGAUACCCGAGGGUGGUUACUUUAUGCUCGCCAACUGGUCCGCUUUGGAGAAUAAAGUAAACCUGCAGGAAGAGACGGACGAAAACAAGGACUAUAGGUUUACCAAAUGGAUGACGAAGAACAUUGGUCUCCAAGGUAUUCCCCCCUCGGCGUUUUACGGUCCCGAACACAAGCAUCUAGUACAGGACUACGUUCGAUAUUGCUUCAUAAAGAAAGACGAAAAUUUGAAGGCAGCUGCUGAUAUUUUGAAGGAAUGGGUGUCUAAAUAAUCGAAAUUGUAUAUUUGUUCAUCAUACUUAUCUCGUGUUUUACAUUGACUUAAUAUUUUAUACAUUGUUUAAUAUGACUAAUUUAUUAGCAAUUAGAAAGAUACAAUAAGUGAGAUUUGCAAUUCUCGCAAAAGCAUUAUAACUCAAAAAUCUUUUUUAUCUUCGUCAUAUUGGUAUAUGUAAAUAUACUUAAAUAAUAUUAUGUAUCUAUUAGUUUUGUAAAUUUUUAUAUAGUAUACUUUUGCGCGAUUUAUGUAUGACUCAGUGACGACUCAGUGAUUUUAUAACAUCGAAUAACAAAACAAUGUUAUUACCAAAUUAAUUUAGAGCAGAGUCUCCUUGAAGCCAUUUUUUGGCAUCUAUUGUGUCAGUUCCGAAUGUUUUACCGCAUCUAGAAAGUAAAGAUAUUUUUGAAAAAAGA